GGAUAUGCAUCAGAUUGACAAACAACAUUCUUCAUAUCUUAAGAAGAGAUCUAGCGAGAAAGGAGAGAGUAUACUGAGAGUCUGAGAGAGAUGGCAUUAUCAUCAGCAUCCUUCUGGAGAAUCAUGUUAGGUUUUGUUGUCUUGAGUUUAGUUGUUCUUGAUCAAACUGCAGCUGCAAGAACAGUGCCAGUUGAUAACCAUCAAACUGGUAGUGGUGCUGGUCUUAACGAUGAGAAGAACUUCAUUUCCUAUGGAGGUAUUGGUGGUGCUUCUGGUAUCGGUGCUGCUGGGAUACCAUUUGGCGGUGUAGGUAUGGGUGGAGGAGUAGGUGGACCUGGUGGAGCUGCUGGGGGACUCGGUGGCAUUGGAGGAGUUGGAGGUGCAAGUGGACUCGGUGGUGCAGGUGGACUCGGUGGAGGAAGUGGACUCGGUGGUGCAGGUGGACUCGGUGGUGGAAGUGGACUCGGUGGUGCAGGUGGACUCGGUGGUGGAAGUGGACUUGGUGGUGGAAGUGGACUCGGUGGUGGAAGUGGACUCGGUGGACUGGGUGGUGCAAGUGGACUCGGUGGUGGAAGUGGACUCGGUGGACUAGGUGGUGGAAGUGGGCUCGGUGGUGGAAGUGGACUCGGUGGACUCGGCGGUGCAAGUGGACUCGGCGGGGGAAGUGGAAUUGAUGGAGGCAUCGGUGGUCUUAGCCACCACGGUAGUGAUCUUCCCCAUCUCCCUGGAGGCAUGGGUGAUCUUAGCCACCACGGUAGCGAUCUUCCCCAUCUCCCUUAGAGCUAUCUACGGGGUUCGUACGUAGAGAUUGCUAGCAGUAGUGGUGAGCACAUGCAUGCAUGCACCAGGGUAAAAUGUGUGCUUCAUUCCAUAGAUCUGCUGGCAUGGUUUUAAUUAAUCUUGGUGUGUCUAGUUGUUUUUGUCCGGUUAGUUGCUGCUUUCAAAAUAUAUCCAGAUCUAUAUGUAAGGUGAUUUUUUUGUAGUGUUUUUUAGCUAAUAGUUUGCUUUGCAUGUUCGGUUUAAUGUAUCAGCACUCUUGAAACUAGACUUGUCGAAGGCUGUUGGUUAUUUGAAUGGAAGUUUAGAAAUUAUCUGGUUUAAUUAA